AUGAUCAAAGUAAGCUUCUACGCAAUCGCCACAUCACGCGAAUCGUCUAAGCCGAAGCCGAGCUGACCGGCUCGACUGGCUUUGUGAUCGCAGAUUUGGUCCAUGAAGAAGAACGAGGAUGCCGCAGCAAAGAAGAAGCCCAAGACCUCAGCAGCCCAGAUUCGAGUACAGAAAGGUAGGCCCGGCUUCCUUAUAUCGUCCAGAGCUCUCAGACUCAUCUGCCAUUGACCCUCGCUCAGAUCUCACCGAGCUUGACCUCCCACCAACGAUGAAGACCCAUUUCGCCGAUGCCGAGGACUUGCUUAACUUUGAGCUUACCAUCACCCCCGACGACGGUCAGUAUUGCAAUACAUGGUCAACGAAAGAGGAUACUCAUCAAGCGCGGAACCUCACCACAGGCAUGUACAAGGGCGGCAAAUUCCUCUUUACAGUCAAGAUCAGCGCCAACUACCCACAUGAACCCCCAAAAGUCAAAUGCGUACCCAAAGUAGGUCUUUGCAGACUACAGGUCCUAAAUCUAUACCUGAAAUUAACCCUUUGGCUCGUAUCUGCAGAUCUACCACCCCAAUUUGGACCUUGAAGGCAACGUUUGCCUCAACAUCCUGCGUGAGGACUGGAAGCCCGUGCUCAGUCUCAACGCCGUCAUGGUCGGAUUGCAGUACCUCUUCCUCGAACCCAAUGCCGAUGAUCCGCUCAACAAAGGUACGUCGUUGUCGUGGCGCACUCGGACGCCUAGGAUGAAUAAGUUGGAAAUUGACUCGGGGACUGCUUCUUUGGACAUCCCACAGAAGCGGCCAAGGAUCUGCGGGAGAACCGAUCACGGUUCGCACAAAACGUUCGUUCGAGCAUGAGAGGAGGCUACGUCGGAGACGAGAAGUUUGAUGAUGUUCGAGUUGGAGCAUAG